AUUGAAUUGAAUGCUCUAACUCUCCCUCCCAACCAACUCGGUGUGUCCCGACUCUCAAACACCCCCACCAUACACACCUCCGCCUCUCCUCUCCCUUCGACACACCAGUAAAAAAAAAAAGAUAAAAAUAAACAACAAAAACAUCACGCCAUGUCCCGAUCCGCCGCAGACGCAACCCGCUUCACGGCCACAGGUCCCUACGCGCAUUCCAAGCCCGGUGCCGCCCCCUACAAGCUCCCCGGCUUCAUGGCGAACGCUCAGUCCCAGGGAUCCGGCAACGGUGGUCGUCCGGAGACACCGAAGGAGAAGGUCGAGCGGUUGCGGGCCCAGGCUAGGGCGGCGCGGAUGGCGCAGUCGACGUCGCGCGUGGAUACCAUGAUCGAUUUCGGGAGACGGUUCGCCAACAAGGCGCACAAGACAAUGGUUUAUACGCUUAUUGCUGCUUCGGGUAUUUGCGGAGCGUUAACGGUCUACUCGAUGGUGUCUCUUACGCUAUAUAACCGUCGUCAACGGGCGCUGUGGAUCGAAAAGGAAUUGCAGACGUUGCAGGAUGCCAAGACGGCGUAUGCCAGCGGAACCGCCACAUCGGAACAGUUGGAAUUGCUCAAGAACGAGAGGAUCGGUGAGAUCUACGAGCAGAAGAAACAGGAGGAGAAGGCGCAACGGCCCUGGAAUAAGUUCAAGCGCUAUCUGUUUGACGGGUUGAGCUCGGAGGAGGCUGCCUCGAAGGUCGAGGGUGCGGCGGAGAAUAACAAGCCUGGGGUUCUGGAGGCGCUGAAUGCGAAGGCUGCGGAGGAGGCGAAGGCUACUGCUGCUGUCCCUGCUGCUGUGCAGCAACCGGGUCAGUUGGAUGCCCUGGCGGAGAAUGCGGAGACCGCUGCGAAGCAGACCUCGAGGAGCUGGAAGAGCUGGCUCACCGGCCGGUAAGGAUGUGAGAGGUGAGAUUGUAAAGUAUUGAUGAUGGGGGGGGAUGAGGUGGGGUCGUUCUCGAUGAUGUUCCGAUUGAGCUUUUUCUCUUUCUCGUUUCCUUUGUGUUGCUGUUGCAUGGCAUUUGGUCUCUUUUCCCUUCUCCUUGUAUUCCACCGAUUUGGGCUUACGGCGUCUGUUAGGUGUGUUUUGAGCCGAUGUAAUACUGGGUCCUCUCGUCAUAUUGUGUACAUAUACUUUCCGUCAUUAUCUUGGUUAUAGGUUUCGGCCCAAGAUAUGAAAAAAAAAACUUAGAGCAUGGGGUGCGAAUCUACAGG